CUGAGUUCCCGCUGCUUGAAUUUCCCGCCGCCCCAAGGUGGGUUCGCCUGCUGCUGACGUCAGGAGUAAUGGCGGAGGGAGUCGCAUCCCGAGUGGAUGGCGGCGACGGUGUUGGUGGUGCUUCUGAGGCACAAGUGAAAGUGGAAGACCAAAAAGGCCAGUUAAGCAGUCAUUCAAUUUCUACGACUGGGCAAGGUGUGAACUCUGAAACCAAACAAGAUCUUCCUAUGCUUAGUGUUGAUGACAAGCAAAGACUCGCCAAGGAACGCAGGGAAAUACGACAAAAGCAGCAAGCUGCAAGGGAACAACUGUUGCUUGAAAAAGAGGAAAAAGCAAGACAGCAUUAUGAAAAACAACUUGAAGAACGUAAGAAGAAAAUUGAAGAACAAAGACUAAAAGAGGAAAGACGACGUGCAGCUGUAGAAGAAAAACGGAAGCAAAGACUUCAAGAAGAAAAAGAACGGCAUGAAGCAGUUGUACGUCGUACAAUUGAGAGAAGUCAGAGAAUAAAGCAGAAGUCCAAUAGAUGGUCGUGGGGUGGAGCCCUACAAAGCAAUGCAGCCAUUAACAGAGAUGGUACAUGUUAUAAGACAUAUGAUGCAGAUAGGAGGUCAAUUUCCACAAUGAACCUUACGAAACAUGCUGAUCCUGUCAUUAGCAAGCGGCUGUCAUCCUCAUCAGCAACAUUAUUAAAUGCUCCAGACAGAGCCCGACGUUUGCAGCUCAGUCCUUGGGAAAGUAGCAUUGUCACUCGCCUUCUGACACCUACUCACUCAUUUCUAGCUAGGAGCAGAAGUACUGCUGCCUUGUAUGGGAAUGGUCAGGAUACAGUUAUCCCAAUUUGUCCUCGUUCAGUAUCUGCCAGCUCUAUUACCCCACCAACUUGUAAGAAUCUUCAUGGUAGGAUGUCUGACUGGCCAAGGUUCAUAGUUGCCACACAUGAUGUCAGUGGGCAGAGGAGACCAGCUCAUCCUCCAAAGGUUGACAAAAAAGAAAAAGAGAAAGAAAAUGAAAGGGAGAAGACUGCACUCAUAGCUUUGACUGCAAAUGCAACAGUAAAAAAGUCAAAUUCUCCUUUGAAUGUGAAAAAUAAGCCACUGAUACCAUCCACAGUCCGAUCAUCAAUGAAAACAUCAACUUUGGUAAUGAAUGCAAAACUGUUCAGUUCACCACCUGACUCAAUAAAGAGCUCAUUAAUCCAGCGACCACCUUCUCCUGGAAAUGUUCGCCCAGUGAAAACUUCUGAGAGUGAGAAAAAAGACGAAGAGAAAGAAAGACUGCAAACUGAAGAGAAUGCAGAUAAGCAGCUUACUGUCUCAUCUCCAACACUAGUUAAGCAGCCAAUGUCUGCUGAAGAGCCUGCUACAAAACCAGAAUGUAAAGAAACUGUUCAGGUCAUAUUGUCUGCUACUCCUGGUAAAACCACAGCAGGUACAACUGAUCCAGCAGAAGCUACAAGACUUCUGGCUGAGAAACGACGAAUAGCACGGGAACAGAGAGAUCGGGAGGAAGAAGAGAAAAGAGAACAAGAGGAGAGAGAAAGACAAAUGAGAGAAGAAAUGCUGCGACGAAAAUCUGAAGAAAAAGCUCGUCGUGAAGAGGAAGCUCGGAGACUUGAAGAAGAAAGAAGACUUCAAGAAGCACAACAAAAACUUGAAGAGGAACAUCAAUUUCUGGAGGAAAAGGCUCAGAGAGAGAGAUAUGAAACAGAACGUUUGCAAAAGCAAAAAGAGGAAGAUGCUCGUGCUCGGGAAGAAGCUGAGAGGCUGCGAAUAGAACGUGAAAAGCACUUUCAGAAAGAAGAACAAGAGCGUAUGGAAAGGAAAAAGAGACUUGAGCAAAUUAUGAAAAGAACAAGAAGAUCUGAUGCUUCUGAAAAGAAGGAUAAUCAAGUAAGGCCCCCUGAGCAGAGAAAUGGCGAAGUACCUAAACUAACAUCUGUUGAUGAAGCAUCCAACCAGAAUCCUGACUUAACAACUGAAACGGAAACAAAGUUGAAAGUCCCUGAAGAAGUGGCCAAUCAAGAGUCGGUUGUUCAAGAAGUGGACAGUAAUAGGGAGUUUGUAGAUCAUUCUCAAAUAGAUAAAGAAUGUCCUGCUACUGAGAAAAUCAUUAGAGAGAAUGGAGUUUCUGUGCAGAAUGAAAACUUCGAAGAACUUAUUGAUCUCUCGCUUGGAAUAAAGGCUUCCAGAAUAACCACAGAAACCAGUAAUGAUGAUUGUCAGGAUGAAGUUGGAAUUCCUGUGAAUCCAAUUAUUGCAUUUGAAGAAAAUGGAUCCAUGGAGUUAUUAACCAAAGUAGAUGGCAUUCAGACUCAACAAACAGCAGAAGUGAUUUGAGAAUGUUGAGCAGGAGCAACAAAGUGUGUCGUUCAGUAAGCACAUUCACAUCUACUGGAAUUAUUUUUGUUUCACAUCAUGAAGGAUUGGAGUGCAGCCAUUUUACAAUCCAACGUGUAAUUUAAAAAAAAAACUAGAAACUAACCGUGACUGUGAGAAUGGAAAUAUAAACGUGCAAGAUGUGGAUAGAGGAAUUCAUCAUUGCUAACUGAACAUCUAGUUAAUUCUGAUCACUGGUUAAUCAUCCUUAGUAUGCAUUGUAUAUAAACUGCUUUUCCAACAUGCUCCUUCAGGGAAUUGGCAUUCUUCUAUAUAAUAUGACAAGAAAUGAGAAUGAUAGAUUUGUGAUGGUGAAGGGCAGUAUUUCAAAACUAGCAGUACUUAACACUUUUCAAAAACCCAUUACUUGAAUAAGCCUUGUUGCGCUGCAAGUAGUUGAAAAUGAGACCAUAUAGAUAGAUAUAUGAACCUAUUGGUUAAAAUAUGGCACAGUGAGCUCUACAGAGUUGUAUGUAAUCCCUCAAAUACUAAGCAGAUCUUUUUUAGAUGCUUCACUGUUACCACCUAUUCAGAAGUUUUUUUAACACAGGUACAAUAGAAAAAUGUUGAAAAUAGUGUUUAAUAAAUUGGAUUCUAAUGGUAAUUCUGUGAAUGGUUAAUAAAUAAAGCACCUGUUGUACACAGGUUGGUAUUUAUCACAAGGAAACUUUGAGGCACAUUAGUCAUGCCAGUGAUAUAUAUAAUAUAUAUAUAUAUUAUAUAUAUAUAUAAACAAUUCUAAUUCAACUUGUGUGGUCAAAUAGUUGUAAUGCCUUAUGAUCUGAUAGAAAAGACAGUUGAAAUUUAGAUGAUGCUACUUAAAUGUGAUGAGCUUUCAAUUGCCUUAUCAGAUCAUGAGACUAACUAAAAGAGAUAUAUGGAGUCUUUGCUUUUGCUCGUUUCAGAGCAAGAAACCUGACUUGUACCUGGAGUUUGAGACAGCAUUCCUUCUAUGUUACUUUCACAUACUAGAUUUUUGAGUCUUUAACUCAUUUGUAAGUUACUGCACAAAUGAAGCUCAUAACUUCCAUCUCAUGUUUAAAAAUUGCUGCUACAGAGCAUGACUGUAAAACUUGCACUUUCUUUUCCUCUUGAGUACUACUGAAAUUAUUGCAGACCGUGCUAAAUAUGACCAGAUGUCAAUUUGUUUUUCUCUCCUGAGCAUUAUGGUUCAGAUACCAUUAUGUAAGGGUCCUUUUUCAUAGCUGAUCACUGCAUGAAAUUAGUAUAUCAAAUAGGUUAAUUUAAAGCCAACUGGUGUACAUUUUGUGCAUAAGGAAAGGCUUAGUCUAAGCUUUGAAAAUUUUCAUCCAUCCGCAGGUAUAAAAAAGCCAUUAAGCAAUUUGUUUAGUAAUCGUUGUAUAGCUGCAUAUUUUGUUCUAAUUCUUUUUUCGGUAUGGUAUACUCAUUCAUGUAUAUAGAAAUUAUUUAAAAAUGGGGAAAAUUCUUUAAUUUUCUUUAGCUUUGUUUUAAUCUGUAUAGAUGGUGUACAAAAAGUUCUUUUGAGUUAACAUUUUUAGAUUCUAAAUUGGUUUGCAGUUGUGGUGUGAUAAUUUCCACACUAAUCAGACAUGUGAUUUAUUGCUGAUUUAGUUUUACCAGCGGAAUGCUUUGAAUUGAUUUUUUUUUCCUCAUGCAGAGGAGACUGAAAAUUGAAUAUUUCAGGCCUUUGUACCUCUUUCCUUCUUACUUUGAAUAUACAAACAAUGGACUAAAUGAAUUGUACAUGUUUAUGAAGAGGAUCGGCAAUAUCUGUACCUGCCAACGAAAUGGUUUCUAAUAUGAGUAACUAAAGAGUGAAGGUUCAGUAAAACCUACAUGAGUUUAAAGAAAAACAUCCCUUGAUUUUCCACUUUCUCUGCAUUUCCCAAUCUACCCAACUUUUGUAGCUUGAAAAGAUAAUCCUCAAUUUGUUGUAGACAAGUUUGAUAACUUGCACAAACAAAAUGCAAUAAAAUAAUAGUUUCUGUAACUACUCUGUAUUGCAAUUUUAUUAUUCCUAUAGAACUGGUUUGAAAACGGUGCCUUGACUAACAUUUGCACCAUUUUGACUGAUACAAUUGGAUUACAGAUAUACCAUUUUUUCAGAAAACAUUGUUAAUAAAGAAUAGUUCAUUGUUUAUUCAUUAUGGGUUUUUGUGCUUUAAAGUUUAUCUAUCAAGGUUCCAUUUGUGUACAUUGUUCUCAUUCUACUGUGAUUUUUUUUCCCUCGUAAUUAAGUCCUGUUUGUUUUUACAGUACAUUCUACUAUUAACACUGGGACUUAUAAACUGACUAAGCCCAGUACUUCCCCUUUCCAGAACUUUAGUAUCCAACAGAUCUCAGUAUCAAGGGUAUUGUUGUCGGCCAUUGUUCUGCCACACAACAUAGGGCACUAAAUUUAAAAUCUGAACGGACUAAUCUUAUUUGUAAUGAGAAAGAUCAGGCAGAAAAUAUACAUAUCAGAAUUGAUUGAAUUAUAUUUUUAAAACUGUGACUUAUAAAACUUUCCUGGCUCGCCUUAUAUCAUUUAUUCAAUUUGGUUUUUUUUGUGGCCCUAGUCUGUUUCUACAUAAGUUUCCCUGCAUCACUUUCUCUUUUCCCACCCUGCCAAUCAGCAUUCCCAUCACUGGUUACCACUUAAAUAUUUGCAUCUGUUCAAAGUAUGUUAACCCAAAGUUGUAAAUUGACUAACGAAAAUUUCAGAAUUGCUUUGCAAUAUUUUAACGAAAAUAAAAACUCUCAUGA